CGUCCAUCUCAAUCUCCUUGCCGUAUCGCCCCCACGCUCCGCUGUCCUACCCCCUGUGGGCUGUCCCCGAGACACCGACGCCAGCUAGCCCGCUCCCAUCACGGCGCCGGCCGGCGGCACGGUCCCUUCCCUUCGCCGGCUCGCCUCCAACCUGCAGGGCAUCCGCACCCCGCACCAUUGCUGCCUUCUCCGCGGCGCUAAACCGGCGCUGCCGACCUACAAGCCGUCGCGAGGAGGUGCGCCCCGUCCCUCCUUCCCUGUAGAAGCUCCAGCAGGAGGAGUAAGAUGGCGGCGUCGGCGGCGAGGAAGAACGCAGGGGUGCUCGCGCUCUUCGACGUUGACGGCACCCUCACCGCCCCCCGCAAGGAGGUGACGCUGGAGAUGCUCGAGUUCAUGAAGCGCCUGCGCGUGAAUGUGACCGUCGGCGUGGUGGGGGGAUCCGAUCUGGUCAAGAUCUCCGAGCAGCUCGGCAAAUCAGUUAUCACCGACUACGACUACGUCUUCUCCGAGAACGGCCUGGUCGCGCACAAGGACGGCAAGCUCAUUGGGACUCAUAGCUUGAAAACUUAUCUUGGAGAUGACCAGCUUAAGGAAUUCAUUAACUUCACUCUUCAUUACAUUGCGGAUUUGGAUAUCCCAAUUAAAAGGGGCACAUUCAUAGAAUUCAGGAGUGGAAUGAUCAAUGUGUCCCCUAUCUGGAGGAACUGUAGUCAAGAAGAACGUGAUGAUUUUGAGAAGUAUGAUAAGGUACAUAACGUUCGGCCUAAAAUGGUGUCAGUGCUUCGUAAAAAGUUCGCACACCUGAACCUGACUUUUUCUAUUGGGGGGCAGAUCAGUUUUGAUGUAUUCCCACAAGGCUGGGACAAAACCUACUGCUUGAGAUAUCUCGAAGAAUUCAAAGAAAUUCAUUUCUUUGGGGACAAAACCUACAAGGGUGGCAAUGACCAUGAGAUAUUUGAGUCUGACAGAACAGUUGGUCAUACAGUUACAAGCCCCGACGACACAGUGCAGCAGUGCAGAUCUAUCUUCCUGUCAAAGUGAUCGCCAAACUAUCGUCCAAAUUUAAUUUGGGUUCUCCACACCCCCUCGAACGCUCACCGUUUUUGAAUAAUUCCUCAGUAGAUAUAUCUCCCUUUCAACUCCUACAUUUUUUGCAUCCCUCCCCGUUGGGAGCAGUUUAUCAUCAUUGUUGUUGUAAACAAAACUGUACUGGUGUACGUUCACAAACAUUGGAUUUUGUUGCGCAUUCGGAGCAAAUGUACGAGGGCAUGUUUGUAUGCGUGCAUUUGGCGCAAUUGUAUGAGAGCAUAUUUGUCCCGUGA